AUGUUAUUUGUAUUGCAGGGUUAUCUGUCAGAAGCAGGUGCGUCAUUGGUUGACAAAAAACUGGGACUGAACAUCGUACCGACAACGGCAUUGGUGGAAUUGGCAGCACCAACAUUCUACUAUGGACGUGUAGAUCGUGCAAAAGCCAGAGCCAAGGAACGUAUCCAGUCAAGAUAUCCCGAUCUGGGCCGACGAUUUCAUCGAAUUGGUCUUCCUCCAAAGAAAGGCAGCUUCCAAUUGUUCGUCACUGGCUAUCAAGAUGCGGCCCAUUGGCUUCGUAUAUGGGAUAAUUUCCCCGAACAAGCACCACCACCCGUCACUCAACGAGAAUUUCAAUUACUAUUUGAGAAGAUUGUCGUGUUGGACUAUGUGAUCAGAAAUACAGAUCGUGGAAAUGAUAACUGGUUGAUCAAGUACGAACAGGCGGAGGUAGUUGAAGCUCCGGUCGUUCCGAAUGAUCCGAAUCCGACUAAUGUCGAAACCCAGGCAGUACCUGACGAAGGCCAAUUGAUCGAUUUGGCAGAUUUGAACAAUCGAGCGUGUGGACCUGAAGAACUUGUCGACGAACAACAAACACGAUCAUCAGCUGAACCGGCACCAGCCGAAGUGGAAUGGGCCGAUGUGACGGUACCGAAGGUGUCAAUCGCGGCUAUUGAUAACGGGCUAGCGUUUCCGUUCAAACAUCCAGAUGAAUGGAGAGCAUGUGAGUUUCACCUUUUAAUAGACUAUCAACAUUCAACUAGAAAGUUCGACCAGAUUUGUUUAUCCAAGAAUCGUGCAAAAUAG